UCAUUGUAUUUUGGAUUUAGAUAAUGUUAAGUGGCACUCGGGCCUUUCUUUCAGGAAAGAGUGGAACUCUUUUGGUUCCACGAGAAUACGGAUAUGUUAUUCUUGUGGUUGUAUUUUUUAUAUUCAUCUUAGUGUGGAAAGAAAUAAAGGUGGGACAGGCAAGGAAGCGUUUCAACGUAAAAUACCCGACUAUGUAUGAGAACAAGGAGGAUAGCCACUUUAACUGCUACCAACGUGCCCAUCAGAAUACUUUAGAAAAAACACCAACAUUCUUAGUUCUUAUGUUAUUAGGAGGGCUAUAUGCUCCCAUCUUUAGUUCGAUAUCUGGACUGAUUUGGUGUUUCGGUCGCAUUCAGUACGCUUUGGGUUAUUAUUCUGGUGAUCCCAAGAAGCGAAUGCGAGGCACUUUUGGUUACUUUGGACUUCUUGGUUUGUUAGGAGCUACGAUAGCCUUAGCCUUGUCUCUAUUGAAAGUCAUUUGAGAUAGAUUUUCGCGUUCCGUUAUGUGUUUUUCUAGUUGAGAGUACGAUAAAGUUUGUAUCUAUGCUUUUUUAUAUGC